AUGCUCUCACGUGUUGCUGCAGUGAAGGCACCACGCGCACACAACCGUCGCCGCGGGACCGGAUCCAGCGGAAGGAGGAGGGAAGGAAGAGAGAGUGAGCCGCAGAGGCCCAACAUGUCCCGGCAUCUCUUUUAUUCUGCUGUGCUGCUCCUAUUUGUCGUUUUGAUGUGCUGCAGUGGAGCUGCGGCUGCUGAUGGAAGUAGUGGGGCAGGGGACGCACAGCUGCCGCAGGAGGUGGAUCUUUUUUUGCCGCAGAAGACGCAGGUGGUAAUAAAAAGUGGUGGUGCAACUGAAGUGAAGGAUUCGUUUGGCUCACCCUCUCUUGCUUUUGCUGGUGAAGUGAUGGUUGCCUUUGCGGAAGGUCAUAAGGACUAUAAUGGUCCCCAGCAUACAUCCGAUCUAUAUACUUCUGAAAUUGUUGCAGGGUACAUCAACGCGACGGAGCCGUGGUCGUCCAUUGUCGCUGAUAUCAGUUCCGAAAACUGGAGGGCAUAUACCGUUUUUACCAGAGAAAGUUCAAAGGAUCGUUUUGGCGUUGCGCUUCUACCCACGACAGUUUCGACGGGCAGUGAUGUGUUUCUACUUGUGGGAAGCCACUAUCUUAUUCGUGAUGCUACUGGGAAGCAUUGGAUUGACGAUAGCUGGGAUAUUCAUUUGGUCGUGGGUAAGGCCACGCAGUCCGCGGACGCCAAGCAGGGUGAACUGGUCGAGUGGGGCGCACCCACGUCGCUUUUGGCUUCGAUCACCAAAAGUACUCAGCAAAGGGACUUGAUGAAAUUUGUGGGUGGUGGCGGCUCAGGCAUUGUGACGGAAGAAGGCUGGCUUGUGUUUCCAAUGAUGGCGACGAGGAAAAAUGAUCGUGGCAUUGAAUCCAUGCUUUUUUACUCGAAGGACAAGGGCGUUAACUGGGUUGUCUCAAGGGGCAUUCCUGCCGCGGAAUGCUUUGACCCCCGCAUUGCCGAAUGGGAGAAUAGAGAAAUUCUUAUGCUUGCCUAUUGUGUUGAUGGCCAGAAAGUGUUCCGGUCGCGUGACAUGGGAGAUGCGUGGACCAAAGCUUCUGAUUUACUCCCACGCGUGUGGAUCACCACACAACCAAUUCGUCGGGGCGAGGGUUGGCCUGUGGGAGCCCUCAUCACCGUGGAAUUCUACGGAAGGAAGGUCUUGCUGUAUACUCAGAAAGUGGGCUAUCCCCCGGGGGAGAGAAAUAACAAGGCGCUUUACCUUUGGGUUGCGGAUAGCAACCACACGGUCUAUUUUGGGCCGCUCUCUGUGGAGACUGGUGCGAAGCGAGCGUUUGCCAACACCCUGCUGUACUCCGGUGAUGCGUUGUACUUUUUGCAGAAGAUGGGUAAUGGGAAGGCAGAUGGCGUUUUUCUUUUCCGAAUUAUUGAGGAGCUGAGAAAAAUCAAGUCCAUCGUGAGGAAUUGGAUAGAAGUGGAUGCCUUUUUCUCCGGUUUGUCUACACCCACGACUGGUCUUGUGGGGGUUUUGUCCGAUUCAUCCGGUGCCGACAAGUGGAACGACAUGUACCGCUGCGUGGAUGCAACCGUAUUGGGCGCAAUAAGGAUUGAGAAUGGCUUUAAGUUCACAGGGCAUGGGGCUGGGGCAAUAUGGCCCGUGAACAGCCGGGGAAAUAAUAAACAGUACACCUUUGUGGAUAUCAGCUUCACUCUUGUGGCGACGGUGGUCAUCGAAGAGAUGCCUCCGGGCGGCAGUAGCGUUCCUCUGCUGGGCGCGAUGCUGGAGGAUGGAAUGGGCACGAAGUUCCUUGGGCUGGCUUGCGCUGAGAACAGGAUGUGGGAAACAGUGUUUGAUGAGCAAACGGGACAGGGCGACUUUUGGGAGCUGAAAAAAGAAUACCAGGUGGCACUCAUGCUAAAUGGGAACAAGGGUUUUUUUUACUUGGAUGCCGAGCUUCUGGGGACCUCGGAUACGAUGCGAAGACGUGAAGAACGGGCUUACGAUGUUUUGGGCUUUUACUUUGGGGGAGACGAAAGUGGCCGGGACAGCAGUGCAUCAGUGAAGAACGUCUUUUUGUACAACCGCAAGUUGACUCCCGGUGAACUGAAAAUGGUCAAAAAGACUGGCUCUCCCAAGCAUGAGAGUUCAUCGUCGGAAGCGAGCGGAUCUGACUCCUCUGCGCAUGAGUGUGUUUAUUUUGUGCUUCUGGUGUCGCUGGGGCUAUGGGCCCUUGCGGUUUUUUAUGGAGUGUAG